AUGGAGGACAGGGAUGGUGUGGUUGAAUUGGUGGCUCAACAAUUUGUCCAAGGGAGCAUGCAGGUGGCCUUGGAGCAGUAAGUCAACUCUGUUAGAAAUCUAUGUGAAGUACUUGUCAUUACCUCCUCUAACAUAAAUAUGUUUAAUCGGUCCACCCCCCUAAAUCAAUACACAGCACUAUAUUGUCCUUAACACAUCUUUUUUUAUGUACAUACUGUCUCUAAACUAUAACAAGUUCAAAUAUGGUCUCAACUCUCUUGUUCUGCUGGAGGUGUUUCCGAGCACUUUUUUGUGGACUCCAUAAAGCCUCCCACUGCCAGGGACCUGAGGGACCGGUUUAAAGUCACCUAUUCCAUACCAGGAGGCAAACGGCCGUGGUUGGAGAACAACGCCAUCUGCCACUGGUUCAACUGGCUGGCCGAGGUGCAAGAUAUGAUAAUAGUUAAAUUGUUAUUCAAGUUUAACGGUAACUGCAUAUUAUUAAAUUUGUGAUUUGAAUGUGUAUUUUAAAGGUUUUACUGUGUACGCCUCAGAUGGAGAAUGUCCUCCGCUAACAGUGGCGAUGGUGUUGAAGUUUGCUACCUGGGCGACGGUGGAGCCACCCCUGGGGUUUGAGGAAACCCCGACCAUUGAGUCGCUGGGCAGCAGAAGAAAAAGUACCCAGAAGCAAACACGUGUGCUGUGACACUAAGGCUCCCUCUUCAUAGCACCUACAAUGCCUUUAGGGAUUUAAUGACCUCAGGUAUUGUGAAUUCCCUGCAUUUCGGUGUUUGUUGCAUAAACACACCUUAGUGGAGAGUGCCACAGAAUAGUUAUAACAUUGGAGGGUGAACUACUUGUAUUCACAAGUCUGUGGGACUUGUUCUGGCUUCCCUCUUCCACCAUUUCAUAUUUGGGACUUUUUCUUCAGUGCACUUUUUAUAUGUACUGGCUAUGUACUAAAGACUUGUACAUUUCUGACCAUGUUCUUUGAAUGUCUUAAUGUACCUCUUUUCUGCCCACUUGUCAACAGACUAAUUAAGACAAGUUAGCAGAUAUAUUUGGCAGCUAAAUUAAUUGUUUUUCAAAAUAUUUAUUUUUAUGAUACAGAAUUUGUAGAAUGCAUCCAUUUUAUCUAGUAGCACUAAACUACAGCAGCAAUUGAGUGCUUAAAAGUUUAAGUUACGUCUGUGUAUAAUAAUGUGUAUGGGUAUGGCAUUUAUUUUGACUGCACAUCAACAUGUAAGCAUUUAUCUACUUACCAUCUAGUUAUUGUUAGUACAGUGGGGGAAAAAAAGUAUUUAGUCAGCCACCAAUUGUGCAAGUUCUCCCACUUAAAAAGAUGAGAGAGGCCUGUAAUUUUCAUCAUAGGUACACUUCAACUAUGACAGACAAAAUGAGAAAAAAAAUCCAGAAAAUCACAUUGUAGGAUUUCUAAUGAAUUUAUUUGCAAAUUAUGGUGGAAAAUAAGUAUUUGGUCAAUAACAAAAGUUUCUCAAUACUUUAUAUACCCUUUGUUGGCAAUGACACAGGUCAAACGUUUUCUGUAAGUCUUCACAAGGUUUUCACACACUGUUGCUGGUAUUUUGGCCCAUUCCUCCAUGCAGAUCUCCUCUAGAGCAGUGAUGUUUUGGGGCUGUCGCUGGGCAACACGGACUUUCAACUCCCUCCAAAGAUUUUCUAUGGGGUUGAGAUCUGGAGACUGGCUAGGCCACUCCAGGACCUUGAAAUGCUUCUUACGAAGCCACUCCUUCGUUGCCCGGGCGGUGUGUUUGGGAUCAUUGUCAUGCUGAAAGACCCAGCCACGUUUCAUCUUCAAUGCCCUUGCUGAUGGAAGGAGGUUUUCACUCAAAAUCUCACGAUACAUGGCCCCAUUCAUUCUUUCCUUUACACGGAUCAGUCGUCCUGGUCCCUUUGCAGAAAAACAGCCCCAAAGCAUGAUGUUUCCACCCCCAUGCUUCACAGUAGGUAUGGUGUUCUUUGGAUGCAACUCAGCAUUCUUUGUCCUCCAAACACGACGAGUUGAGAUUUACCAAAAAGUUAUAUUUUGGUUUCAUCUGACCAUAUGACAUUCUCCCAAUCCUCUUCUGGAUCAUCCAAAUGCACUCUAGCAAACUUCAGACGGGCCUGGACAUGUACUGGCUUAAGCAGGGGGACACGUCUGGCACUGCAGGAUUUGAGUCCCUGGCGGCGUAGUGUGUUACUGAUGGUAGGCUUUGUUACUUUGGUCCCAGCUCUCUGCAGGUCAUUCACUAGGUCCCCCCGUGUGGUUCUGGAAUUUUUGCUCACCGUUCUUGUGAUCAUUUUGACCCCACGGGGUGAGAUCUUGCGUGGAGCCCCAGAUCGAGGGAGAUUAUCAGUGGUCUUGUAUGUCUUCCAUUUCAUAAUAAUUGCUUCCACAGUUGAUUUCUUCAAACCAAGCUGCUUACCUAUUGCAGAUUCAGUCUUCCCAGCCUGGUGCAGGUCUACAAUUUUGUUUCUGGUGUUCUUUGACAGCUCUUUGGUCUUGGCCAUAGUGGAGUUUGGAGUGUGACUGUUUGAGGUUGUGGACAGGUGUCUUUUAUACUGAUAACAAGUUCAAACAGGUGCCAUUAAUACAGGUAACGAGUGGAGGACAGUGGAGCCUCUUAAAGAAGAAGUUACAGGUCUGUGAGAGCCAGAAAUCUUGCUUGUUUGUAGGUGACCAAAUACUUAUUUUCCACCAUAAUUUGCAAAUAAAUUCAUUAAAAAUCCUACAAUGUGAUUUUCUGGAUUUUUUUUUCUCAAUUUGUCUGUCAUAGUUGACAUGUACCUAUGAUGAAAAUUACAGGCCUCUCUCAUCUUUUUAAGUGGGAGAACUUGCACAAUUGGUGGCUGACUAAAUACUUUUUUUCCUCACUGUAUAUCCGUAUUGACUGUUAAUGUUCACAUAAUGAUCAUUCAUCUGAAAUUUAAUUAUUAAUUACACAGUCCAUAUUGUUGUUUGUCUUGGUGUUUUAUGGUUUAGUUGUUUUCCCGAAACACUUUGCUGAUAUUGACUGAAGUACUGCUGUCAUAUUGCAGCCAACUCAUCUAAAUCUGAUCAUUUGUUCUUAAAUGUAGGACAUCAAAUUAACUUAAACCAUUCUAAUUUAAUUAGAACUAUAUGAAAUGAUAAGGCUUUCAUUCCGUUGCAUUAAGUGACAGCUCCACUUAUGGGAACUGCACCUUUGUAGUGACUUUUUCAAAUUCCAAAUGCAUUGAUCUCUAAGAACUAGAUCCACUAGUCCAAGUCUCUCCAACCCUACUCCUGUAGGUUUUCGAUCCAAACUCAGUUGUAACUAACCUGAUUAACUUAUUAACCAGCUAAUUAUUAGAAUCAGGUGCGCUAGAUUAGGGUUGGAGCGAAAACCUACAGAACAGCAACUCUCCAGGAAGUGUUGGAGAGCCCUGCACUAGUCUAGCUUCAACCACAUCAUUUGAGCUGUCACAAUGUGUCAACAAUGUUAUGUUGCUAACUGUAAUAGGCUGCUGUUAAUCACAAUUAUAUAAAUGAAAAUGUAACAGGGGCCGAACCACCGGUCCAGUAAAACCCCAGUAGAAUCCCUAUCUUGAUUUUUUUUUAACUUGAGGAGCAGACAGUAGGGCAUUCCACACAAUUAUUUAUUUUAACAAUUUCUAAAAGUCCCGAUUGGGUAUUCCAAAAGGUAAUGUUUUGUUUUAAUGUCCAUUCAGAAUGUUUUGUUGUCCUCUCACAGCAGGCACGCUCUGAGGACUCCAAUCGAGUGCUUGGAGUAGGCCUCUCCUGGGGCUCGUUGUACUGAGUGGAAAACAAAUAUUCUGUCAGCAGAUGGCGCUGUUGUGAUAAAGCGCCAUAAAAUACAAUAGACCUCAACCAUAAGCUGUAUAUCUUAAAAGUACCUCCAAAUAUGAUCAAACAAAAUCGUAAUGGAAUGGAGAAGUACUUAACUUUUGUACACCUCUGUCUAAACUCUGGUCCCUGUCCGUUUAGAGUUGAAGAUGUCUGUCGUACCUUUCUAGAGAACAAAUCAUACAGUGUGUCAAAUAGGCUGGAGGGUGGAAGGGGUUUCCAAAAGCAGGAAUACAGUAAUUGCAAAGCAAAAAAACAAUAAUGAAUAAUAGUAUAUGAAUCCACAACCCAAUAGGGAAAUCAACAAAGCGUGAUAAGGUAAUUCAAAAUCAAAGGUAAAUGGAGAGGCGGGGUAUAUGUUGAAUGGAGAAGUACUUAGCUUUUGGGAAGGUCUCCUCUCAUCGCUUCAACUCUGGUCAAGGUCCGCUCCAGUUUGGCUACAGCACGAGUUGUCUAGUUACCUCAACGUUGUCGGGAACACUGCGCACUGCCAACCCCAGUAGUAGCUAAACACAGAUAUCUCUGAACCCACUGUGAGGGGCCAUACACCUUGAGACUAUUUGUUAAGGGUUGAAGAUGUCUGUAGUACCUUUCUAGAGACCAAAUCAUACAGUGUGUGAUAGAGGGGGAGUGUUACCUCGGGUACAGUUUCUGUGCAAGGAGGAGGGGGUUUCCAAAGCUCUGGUUGUUGAAGAGUUCACUGAUGGUGGCAUCCUAAUUGGUUGUGUUAUUAUUGGUGUUAUAAAAAUGAUUCAAGGACUGAAAAAAUAUGAUUUGUGUUAACAUUUAAAACAGUAUUAUAACAAUGAACUGAUUCAAAGGAACAAGUGACGCUGAAGAUAAAGUGUCCUAUCCUUCGUCCCAGUAGGGGAGUGGCGGGUGUAGUAAGUCAGGUUGGAGAGUAGGAAUGAGUGGCGCUGAAGAUAAAGCGUCCUAUCAAGUUUCAAGUUUCAAGUUUUAAUGUCACAUGCACAAGUACAGUGAAAUGCCUUUCUUGCAAACUCAAAACCCCACAAUGCAAUAAUCAAUAACAAUGUAAUACUAGGGGAAAAAAACACAAGAAAUAAGAAGAAAAAUGAAGAACACAAUAAGUAAGUAAGCAUACUAUAUACAGGGUCAGUUCCAAUACCAUAUUUACAAUGUGCAGGGAUACCGGUGUGAUGGAGGUAGAUAUGUAUAGGGGUAAGGUGACUAGGCAUCAGGAUAUAAGAUAAACAGAGUAGCAGCAGCUUGCAUGUGAGUGGGUGUGUGUGUGUGUAGAGUCAGUAUACAUGUAUGUGCAUGUUAUGUGAGAGUGAGCAGAUGAUGGAGUGAGUGUGUGUGCGAGUGUGUAUGGCCCUGUGAGUGUGCAUAGAGACAAAAAUACAAAUACAAAUAAAAAGGUCAAUGAGGAUACAAGGUUAACUCAGAUAGUCUGUGUAGCUAUUUUGUUAGCUAUUUAUCAGUCAUAUUGCUUGGGGAUAGAAACUGUUCAAGAGCCUGUUGGUGCUAGACUUGAUGCACCGGUACCACUUGCCGUGCGGAAGCAGAGAGAAUAGUCCAUGGCUUGGGUGGUUGGAGUCUUUAACGAUCUUCCAGGCCUUCCUACCACACCACCUGAUAUAGAAGUCCUGGAUGGCAGGGAGCUCAGCCCCAGUGAUGUAAUUGGCUGUCCACACCACCCUCUGUAGUGCCAUGUGAUUGAGGGCGGUGCUAUUGCCAUACCAGGCAGUGAGGCAGCCAGUCAAAAUGCUCUCAAUGGGACAGCUGUAGAACUUUUUGAGGAUUUGAGGGCCCAUGCCAAACUUUUUCAACCUCCGGUUGCACCUUCUUCAUGAUGCCUUCUUCAUGACUUGUGCCUUCUUCAUGACUGUGCGCGUGUGUUUGGACCAUUUUAAGUCUUUAGUGAUUUGUGUAGUCCACGAUCAGCUUCUUGGUCUUACUGACGUUGAGGGAGAGGUUGUUGUUGAGGCACUGACCUCCUCCCUGUAGGCUGACUCAUCAUCGCCAGGGAUCAGGCCUACCACCGUCGUGUCGUAAGCAAACUUGAUGAUUGUGUUGGAGUCGUGCGUGGACACGCAGUCGUGGGUGAACAGGGAGUACAGGAGGGGACUAAGCACACACCCUGUGGGGCCCCUGUGUUGAGGGUCAGCGUGGCAGAGGUGAUGUUGCCUACCCUCACCACCUGGAGUCGGCCCGUCAGGAAUUCCAGGAUCCAGUUGCAGAGGGAGGUGUUCAGACCCAGAGUCCUAAGCUUGGUGACGAGCUUGGAGGGGACAAUGGUGUUGAACGCUGAGCUAUAAUCAAUGAACAGCAUUCUCACAUAGGUAUUCCUCUUAUCUAGGUGGGUGAGGGCAGUGUGGAGAGCAAUUGAGAUUGCGUCAUCUAUGGAUCUGUUGGGGCGGUAUGCAAAUUGGAGUGGGUCUAAAGUGUCUGGGAUGGUCGAGUUAAUGUGUCCCAGUCACGGGGUGAGUGUGGAGCACUUAGGGCAAUUGUAGAGCUGCCAUAACCCUCUGUAGAAUGUCAACUUCCAGGCUGCCUCUGGGGCCUUCUAUUGGAUUUAUUGUCCGCAACAGUUCCACACAAUCACCCCUUCCGACCAAUAAAGAGCUGCAGCGCCAGUGGUUGGAAGAGAUGAGGUGGUGGUGGUUGGAGGAGCUGAGGUGGUGGUGGUUGGAGGAGCUGAGGUGGUGGUAAUAAUAAUAAUAAGCCAUUUAGCAGACGCUUUUAUCCAAAGCGACUUACAGUCGUGCGUGCAUACAUUUUUGUGUAUGGGUGGUCCCGGGGAUCGAACCCACUACCUUGGCGUUACAAGCGCCGUGCUCUACCAGCUGAGCUACAGAGGACCACACCAAGUGGUGGUUGGAGGAGCUGAGGUGGUGGUGGUUGGAGGAGCUGAGGUGUUGGUGGUUGGAGGAGCUGAGGUGUUGGUGGUUGGAGGAGCUGAGGUGUUGGUGGUUGGAGGAGCUGAGGUGGUGGUGGUGGUUGGAGGAGCUGAGGUGGUGGUGGUUGGAGGAGCUGAGGUGGUGGUGGUGGUUGGAGGAGCUGAGGUGUUGGUAGUUGGAGGAGCUGAGGUGGUGGUGGUUGGAGGAACUGAGGUGGUGGUGGUUGGAGGAGCUGAGGUGGUGGUGGUGGUUGGAGGAGCUGAGGUGUUGGUAGUUGGAGGAGCUGAGGUGGUGGUGGUUGGAGGAACUGAGGUGGUGGUGUUUGGAGGAGCUGAGGUGGUGGUGGUGGUUGGAGGAGCUAAGGUGGUGGUGGUGGUUGGAGGAGCUGAGGUUGUGGCUUGA